CCCGCUUUCCGCACACACAAGCUCCAUUGACCUCCGACCUCCAACACCUAAACCCGAACCGCAUACCUAUCGUUUUACAUAUUAAUUUGUCAGUUGACUCAAAGUUCAAAGUAUCUCCAAAUACACGUCAAACAUAGAAGAUACCGCCAACGCAUUCUCAUUCUUCGUCAUAAUUCACUUUUAGAAAAAUCACCCAUCGGCGUUCAUUCAAUUAUUCUCUCCCCUCCCCCGCCCUGCCUGCCUUCCCGUCCCUCUCGGCUUAGACCUAUCGUAUCGUACCCAACGUCGCAACGCCUAGCGACCAAAUGCGACUUGACUCACUUGACAUCCGCCGCCGUUGAUAUCACUUAGGGAUUAGCUUUGUUUGUCGUGUUGCUGUGGACGCAACUGAUUCACCAUGUGGAACGAUGAGGAAGACAAUAACCCGUACGGGACGAGUUUCGACCGUCGCGAUUCAAUAACAUCGUCAUCCGCCAAUCCUACUUCACCAGUAUCCCACGACUACCAAGCCAAUCGCUUCGAGACCCCAAAUACUCCUUCUACCACUAGCGAAGAUGCGCCGCCCACUACGAGCUACGGACGGCAACUAGCCGAUCCCGAAAGUGACGACGAGUAUGGCAUUCAAUCUCGGGAUCAGGCGACCCCAAAAAGGAAACCAGGUGGUUACGAUAGUCGUAUCGAGCAGAUUCUCUACGAAAACCCCGAACUCCCUAUACUUAUCACAGACGCCGGAAAGAGCAUGGAGAGUGGAGGUAAAUACAUCGUCUAUACCAUCAGAACAGGAGACCUUGAAGUCCGACGCCGAUAUUCCGAAUUUGCAUCAUUACGCGAUGCGCUGACUAGACUUCACCCUACUCUUAUUAUUCCCCCGAUCCCCGAAAAGCACACAAUGGCAGAUUAUGCUGCUAAUCCGACGAACGCAAAACAAGAUCAGCAGAUUAUUGACUUGCGAAAACGCAUGUUAGCUGUCUUCCUAAACCGCUGCCGACGGAUGGAACAGGUCCGAGAAGAUGGAGUUCUAUGGAGAUUUCUCGACCCUAACGUUAGCUGGAAUGAGGUUCUCCAUUCGCAUCCGAUCUCAUCUGUUCCCAAGUCUAUCAUGAAAGCACCCCCGCUAGAUACCGCCAACCCUUCACCGGCACACGCAUACCUUCCGGUGCCCGCUACUUCUGCCAAGCUGAAGACGCCCGUGAACCCAGCGCCGGGCCCUGUUUUCGACAGUUCAGGCACAGUCGCUUCUCAGUUACUCCGUCGAUUCCCCCCUGAAGCCCACGAUCUGAAUGAGCAGGAACUGGAUCCCUAUUUCAUCACUUUUGAGGCCUCAAUCAAGGAACUGGAGCAAGCUUUAAUGGGACCUAUGGAGAAAGUCAACAGACGCACACUCAACCACCUAAGUUCUUUAUCCACCGAUCUCUCGGAUCUAGGAGCCAAAUUCAAUGCAUUUGCGUUGUCCGAGCCAUCCCCCUCCCUUGCCGCAGCAAUUGAGCGAGUGGGCCAAGCAGCAGACUCGUCAUAUAUUGCAACAGAAGAGUUAUCAAGUUCACUAGGGGCUAGUUUCGCCGAACCUAUGAGAGAGAGUGCACAGUUUGCUGGUGUUGUGCGUAGCGUGUUGCGCUACAGGAUUUUGAAAAGAGUUCAGCAAGAGAUGGCUAAUGACGAACUUCUGAAGAAGAAGGCACUUCUAGAACAGUUAGAGACUAGCGAGGCUGAGGCUAAGCGGAUUGACCAAUAUCUCAGCAAUAGCCAGCAGAUCGGAACGGGUUCUCAGGUUCACCCGCCCCGAAGAUCAUCUAGUAUGAGGGAAACUUAUUCACAGCACCAUAAAGAGGGCAGUGGAGAGGACACCGCCUCGAUCGACUCGGAUUUCCCGUCCAAUCACGGAGACGUUCCGUCAGCACCUUCAGCACGAGUGGGGGUUCCCGAGCGCUCAGCUUCUAACCCGAGCCAUAAGAAGGCUCCUAGUAGCAAUUCUAUCACAGGCAGAAUAUUCGGCCCAAUCCGCCAUGCAAUUCAAGGUGUGGCCGACGUUGAUCCGGAAAGAACCCGACGUGACGCCAUCGGCAAAACGCGCGAGAGUAUCGAGCAGCUUGAACAGGCUCAAGUAGCGGCGGCUCAAGAUGUGAGGGAUGCGAGCGCAAGCAUUCUACAGGAUCUGAAGAGAUUCCAGAACGAAAAAGAAGAUGACCUCAGACGUUAUAUGCUUGCUUAUGCCAAGAGCCAAAUUGAGUGGGCCAAGAAGAAUAAAGAGACGUGGGAAGAAGCAAAAGCGGAGGUCGAUAAGAUCGAUGAGACGUAGAGCGUUCGCGAAAGGAAAGGGUUAAGGAAAGGGCUAGGAUCGUUAGGACGACUUCAUCGCCACCGCCGCGGCGUUACGGCAGAGGUUUGUACAGAUGAUUACGUUGUUAUAGAACACUCGGAAUGAUUUCCCCCCUUCGGAAUGGAUAGUUAAUGAGACGAACAUGCCCGAAAGUAUCACGAGAAUCAGGUCAAAUUUGGGGAUAUCCACGGAAUAAGGGGUCUGCGUAGUGACGUGAGACUUUGUGUUUGUAUUAUGGACCACGUGGUGCACUAGGGCUACGAAUUAGCAACAAUACAGCUUAUGUAUGUUUGAC